AUGGAUGAUGGCAUGGACCAUGAGUCCAAGGACAGCAACAAGAAAAGCAUCAGAACAGCUCUUGCAAAGAAGAGGGGCGAGAAGCAGAAGGACCAUCCUGCCAUCAACGAGGUAGCUACCACAGAAUACACUACCAACAUUCACAAGUGCAUCCAGGGAGUGGGCUUCAAGAAGCUUGCCCCUUGGGCACUCAAAAGGAUCCAGAAAUUUGCCAUGAAGGAGGUGGGAACUUCAGAUGUACACAAUGACACCAGGCUUAGUAAAGCUAUCUGGGCCAAAGGAAUAAGCAAUGUCCCACACUGUAUCCAUGUGCAAUUGUCCAGGAGAGUUAAUGAGGAUGAAGAUUCACCAAAUAAACUCUAUAUGUUGGUUAGAUAUGUACCUGUCACUACUUUCAAAAAUCUAGACAAAAUGUGGAUGAGAACUAACCACUAA